AGACCCAUUCAAUCCAGCGUUUGAACCGUACAACUUUGAUUCAAUGUCAUCUGUAACCAUCAGCAAAGAUCUCUGCACCUCGUUUAAAGUGUCCAAGGUCUUUUCACACACAGAGACGCCCCCGAUAACGUCGUUGGACUAUGACGACUCGGGUCAAUUCUUGAUAUCAACAUCGGUCGAUGAAUGUAUUCAGCUAUACGACAUCACAAAGGGUAAGCACGUCAAGCCUGUGUACUCCAAAAAGUACGGAUGCCAUCUAGCAAAGUUCACCCACAAUCAGAAGAAUUGUAUCUAUGCAUCUACAAAGGGCGACGACAACACCAUCAGAUACUUAUCGCUAAGUGAUAACUCCUAUAUAAGGUACUUUAGAGGCCAUAAGGGAUUCGUCAACUCACUCGAGGUGAGUCCCAAGAGCGACGUGUUUGUGAGUGCAUCGCUGGACCACACGACAAAGCUUUGGGACCUGAGGGCGUCAAAUCCUCAGGCCUCAAUCCCGUCAACGGCAAGGUCGUCAGUGGCUUUCGAUCCUUCUGGUGAAGUCGUUGCCCUCAGCAACGUUAACGAAGGUGUUGUGAAGUUUCUAAACGUCAAGAUGUUUGAUGCCGAGCCGUUUUACGUGUUACAACUACCAAAGGGCUACCAGUGGGAUAAGGUGGAGUUCUCAAACGAUAGCAAAUUCAUCAUGCUUUCCAGCUCACAGUAUGGGCACUUACUCUACGAUUCGUUUGAGUUCUUAGAGAAGGGCAAGCUGGAUGGCUUCACUCCGAUUCCUCAGAAUGAGUUUGCAUCCAAUGGAUGCGCUUCCUUCACACCAGACGGUAAAUACGUCUUCUCCGGCAACGGGCUAGGCAACGUCUGUGUUUGGAGCCUGAAUCCAUUGGAUAACAACAGACAGCCAGUCAGAGGCAACUUCAAACCGCUGGCAUACUUGAAAGGCGAUGCAAGGCCACGGUUGUGUCUAUGGAACCCGUGCUUUGCACAGUUCACCACUGCCGACGUCUCCAUCAGCAUGUGGAUACCUGAAGAGGCCAACUAGCCCUGCUAACCAGGGGAAGAAGAGUGUAAUUUAAAAGUCAUAACAUGUUUGUUUGUUCAUUUCAUUUUGUCUUGCGUGCUGUCCAGCACUGUUUUGUUUGUAUCAAGUUAUGUAUAUAGGAGAGAAUUUGAAUAUAAUGCCGAGGAGUUGUUAGACUAUUACAUAACGGUCAAGUCACCAAACUUCUCCUUGUAGCCUGGGGCGGUCCAGAUACCCUUCUUGACCAAGAGCUCAACCUUCUCGUCAAUGUCUGGUCUGGCCUUGACAACGUCCUCAACGGUCAACUCGUCGAAUGGUCUGGCAGCGUUGAUGUUGAGCAAGGUCUUCUCCAAGUCAGCCAAUUCCUUGGAGACAACGGACUCGGUGGCAGUGGCGUUCUCAACAGCCUUGGCCUCGAAUGCCUCGAGGGAUUUCAACUGCUUAGAGAUAUCAGCCUUGACUGGGGUGUAGGCCUUAACCUCCUUCUCGAUCUGAUCGACAAUGGCCUGGUUCUU